AUGGCCGGCCGGCAUGACCUACAGGCAGAACAACGCCAGAUUAGGGAAUACCUCAAAGCCGCCGAGUCGAGAAUUCAGGAUACCCAGCAAAAAGUGGACGCUGAGAAUCAACGCCUCGCUGACGCGAGCGACGGUGGCUACGCUCGAAAACAAGCCGAGUGUGAACAGGCCGCCAAUGACGCUUCUGCUGCCAAAAAGGAAUACGAAGAGCAUCGUCAAGGUGCCGCUCGCCUACGGGAAGAUGCUGAAGCUGCCGAGAGAGAUUUCACAGAAGCAAAAGGUCCGCUUGAACAGAAAAAGCGCGAGAUUGGUCAAGCGGAGAACCAACUUCGGAAUCUCACUAGAGAAGGCGGAUCGAGACAAUCCGGCUUCCAUGCCAAAAUGCCUGCACUCCUCAAAGCCAUUCAACAAGAACAAUCAUGGGAGUCACGCCCUGUCGGCCCAAUUGGUCACCAUGUCACUCUGCUUGAACCAAAGUGGUCGUCUAUUUUGGAAAGAGUGUUUGGUGGCACGCUUGCUAGCUUCAUUGUUUCGUCCAAAAAUGAUAUGAAACUUCUCUUCGAUAUCAUGCGGCGGGUUCAGUGCAACUGUCCAAUCUUCAUUGGCUCUGGUGGCCAUUUGGAUACCACGGCACACGAACCAGACCCCCAAUACAAGACUGUGUUACGAACACUUCAGAUCGACAACGAAUUAGUGCGGCGACAACUGAUCAUCAAUCAUGGGAUUGAGCAAAUGCUGUUGAUCGAGGAUGUAAACGAAGCCUCCGCUGUACUAUUCGACGGUGCAAGACCAAUAAACGUUAAGCGUUGCUACUCUAUUGAUCCAAAAGAUCGACGUCGUGGACUCCAUCUUUCGUACAGUCGAGCCGGAGAACCGAGUCAGGCUCCUGUUAUGGGGUGGACCGAUGGCCCGCGCAUGAAAUCCGAUGUGGCCUUGCAAAUCAACGCACAACGUGACAUUAUUGCCGACCUCCUACGCCAACAGAAGGACAUCGAACAGUCAUUGGUAACUGCCCGGUCACGCGUUGAGGCCUGUAAACAGGCAUCAGCUCGACACGUAAGAACCGAGAAAGAUCUGCAAAUCCAAAUGCAACGAAUGGAAGAUCAUGCCGAGGGACUCAGAGACGCCUUGGACAAAGAGAACGCCGAGGAUGGCCGCAUUGAUGCCCUUCUGGCAGCAUUGAAGGAAGCUGAAGAUGAGAAGCAGCUCAAUGAGGGAUCAUACAAGGAUAGCGAGGCAGCCAUGAAAGCCACGCUGCAGACUCUCAAGGAAAUUCGGCGGGAGCUAUCCGCCAAAGACUCUGAACUCGGAACCCUCCGGGAAAAACUACAAGUUGCCGAAAGCGAGCUAAAUCUUGUGAAAACGAAACAAGCCAAAAUCCUCGACGAGAAGAACGAGGCUGUUCGACUUAUUGGCCAAGAUAAAGAGACCAAGGCUGCAAUCGAGGCGAGAAAAGAAGUGGUGAAAGCACGGGUUAUUGAAUACGAUGAAAAGGCCAACUUGGUCUCUUCUCGAGUUCCUGUGGACGAAGGAGAAACACCCGGCAGCCUCGACAAGAAGCUUGAUAAAUUAAGCCGUGAUCUAGAUCGUUACAACUUGGAGUUGGGAAGUUCUCGAGAGGAAAUUGCUGCUGAGGCAACAAGGACUGCAGCAACCUAUGAUCGAGCCUUGCAGCAACUUGAACAAUUUUCGGCCCUGAGUCAGGCCCUGAAAGAUACGCUCCAGAACCGUAAGAAGAGAUGGGAAAUCUUCAGAUCCCAUAUCUCAUCUCAAGCCAAAGCUCAAUUCACCUACCUCUUGAGUGAGAGAAGUUUCCGUGGUCGGCUACUGGCUGACCAUACCAACAAACUUCUGGAUUUACAAGUUGAACCGGAUAUUACCAAAGAUGAUAGCACUGGAAGAGGUGCAAAGACACUGUCCGGUGGAGAAAAGUCAUUCUCGCAAGUUUGUCUGUUGUUGUCUCUCUGGGAAGCUAUGGGAUCUCCAAUCCGUUGUCUUGAUGAAUUUGAUGUGUAUAUGGAUCAUAUCAACCGAAAGAUGGCGAUUGACAUGCUUAUGGUUGCUGCUAGAAGAUCUAUCGGACGACAGUUCAUUCUGAUCACGCCUGGUAGCAAGACCGAUAUCACCAUUUCUGCAGAUGUCAGAGUGAAGGAAUUGGCAGAGCCAGAGCGUGGCCAAACGACACUAAGCUUCCGACACUGA